AUGGCGAGCGGCGGUGGUGGUGGUAACGCUGGCGUGGGUGGAGGCCCGGGGCUAGGCCUGAACCUCGGCCUGGGCCUGGGUCUGAGCCUCGGCAUGAGUGAGGCCACCGGCGAGGCGGAGGAGGAGGCGGCCACGGCCGAGGCGGUGGGACGCCUAGCCACGACGUUGUGGCUGCGGCUCCGCGGAUGGGAGCCGGUGCUGGCGGCGGCACAGCGCUUGCUAGUGUGGGAAAAGCCGUUGCACAGCCUGAUCACGGCGGCCGCGCUCAACGGCCUCUUCUGGUUGCUGUCUUCGUCUUCCCUCCGGCCCUUCUUCCUACUCAGCAUCUCACUUUUGGCCUAUCUUCUGCUGGAUCUCUGGCAGCCCCGUUUCCUCCCUGAAGUCCCAGCAUCAUCCCCAGAUGAGCCACACUCUGACAGUGAGGGUGCGGGGUCAGGCGCCCGGCCGCACCUGCUGAGUGUGCCCGAGUUGUGCAGAUACCUGGCUGAGAGCUGGCUCACCUUCCAGAUUCACCUUCAGGAGCUGCUGCAGUACAAGAGACAGAAUCCAGCUCAGUUCUGUGCUCGAGUCUGCUCUGGCUGCGCUGUGCUGGCGGUGCUGGGACACUAUGUUCCGGGGAUCAUGAUUUCCUACAUUGUCUUGCUGAGUAUCCUGCUGUGGCCCCUGGUGGUUUAUCAUGAGUUGAUCCAGAGGAUGUACACACGCUUGGAACCCCUGCUUAUGCAGCUGGACUACAGCAUGAAGGCAGAAGCAGACGCUUUGCAUCACAAACACGACAAGAGGAAGCGGCAGGGGAAAAACGGACCCCCAGGAGAUGAUGAACCACUGGCAGAGACCGAGAGUGAAAGCGAGGCAGAAUUGGCUGGCUUCUCCCCAGUGGUGGAUGUGAAGAAAACAGCACUGGCCUUGGCCAUUACAGACUCCGAGUUAUCAGACGAGGAGGCUUCUAUCUUGGAGAGUGGUGGCUUCUCUGUAUCCCGGGCCACAACUCCACAACUGACUGAUGUCUCUGAGGAUUUGGACCAACAGAGCCUGCCAAGUGAACCAGAGGAGUCCCUGAACCGAGAGCUAGGGGAGGGAGAGGAGGCAGAGCUGGCCCCUCCUGAAGAGCUGCUGGCCUCCCCUCAGGCCCUCUCAAGGCCGGCCCAGGACUCAGAAGAGGAAGAUGGGGCAGCUAAGGAAUCCUUGCUUCAACUCUCCUCUCCCCUUCACUUUGUGAACACACACUUCAAUGGGGCAGGAUCCCCCACAGAUGGGGUGAAGUGCCCUCUGGGGGGAACAGUGGAGACGCUGAGCCCAGAGGCAGUGAGUGGUGACCUGCCCACUCUGCCCAGCAUCCCAUCACCCCCACCUUGCUUAGCUGAGAGUGACCCAGUCCCCUCCUCCUCCAUACUUCCACCUCUCUCCCAGGACUCACCCCAGCUCCUGCCUGCCCCUGAGGAAGAAGAACCACUCGCCACUGAGGACUUUGAGUUGCUGGAUCAGGGGGAGCUGGAGCAGCUGAAUGCAGAGCUGGGGUUAACACCAGAGACACCCCCAGAGCCCCCUGAUGCGCCACCCCUGGGGCUCGACACCCUGUCUCUGGUACAGUCAGACCAAGAGGCACGGUCUGGGGCAGAACCGUGA